AUGCUUGACCUACAGUUCUUCUAUUGGAUCAGCGAUACCGCGGGCUCCACCAGCGGCGUUUUGGUCAAUUUGCUGGUGUUGUUUGUGAUCUACAAGACGACAACAAGCUCCACAAGUGCCUAUGGAAGGAUGCUGAUGGCCACGGCGACGUACGAUGCGCUUUUUAGUGCCUGCGAAUUUGUGGAGCAACAUGUAAGUGUUAAUGUCAGUUUGUCGGGAAAAUAGUAAGCAUAAUGUCGCUGAGCCGAUCGGGUCGCUGAAGUGAAAAGAAAUUUGAUUUUGCCGCGACGUAAUUCAAUUUUUCGGCGGCAUGCGGUUUUCGAUGCGACAGAGGGCUCAUUGUUUUCCCGACAGACUGAUAUUUAAUGGUCCUUGUAUAUAAACAUCAGUCUGUCGGGAAAAUAAUGUGGAUUCGUUGAGCCUUGGAAUCGCCCAUCAUCGCUUUGCAACAGCUUGCCGCGGCUGGGGACUUGAUGCGACAAAUUCACAUUAUUUUCCCGACAGACCUAUUUGUUGAGUUAUGGAUAAAUUCGCAAAAAACGAACAGUUUUCCAUCUCAGUUUCCUAUAUUUUUAUGUUUCAGCAAGUCAUCCUGAAGAAUGGCAUAAUGUUCGUCAUUCCGAAAGGAGUAGAGAAAUGCCUCGACCACGGCUUGUAUCCGCUGUUCUUCUUUCCGCAUCUUUUCCUAUGCACUAUGGGCUGUUUUAUUCUUCCGGCACAGUACUACUACCGCUACAUGCUAAUCACAAGGUUAGUAAAAUUUGUACUAUUCUUUGUUUGUUCCUGUGAAUAUCAGUCCGUAGGGAAAACUAUGUGGAUUCCAUGCGGGGUGGAAUCGCGACGGCUAGCUGUGGAUUGGAAGCGCUGCUACAACGAGACAAAAAAUUUUGCAUAUAAUUCCACAUUACUGUUCACGCCAGACUCAUAUCGGACUGUCGGGAAAAUAAUGAGCACAAUGCCACUGUGCCAAUCGCGUUGCUGAAGUAAAGUUUGCUUGAUUUUGUCACAAAACAAUUAAUUUUCUCCGCGGCGAUGCAAUUUUCGAUGCGAUAGAGCUCACUAUUUCCCCGACAGACUGAUAUACUCAAUUUCAGUCCAAAUAAAGUCACGGGCUACACACUCGUCCGCAGUCUCAUCGUCGCCGCGUUAGCUGCGUGCGCAUGCGCAACCGCGGGUACAAUCGGUCUCUACCACUCAAGACAACUGCCUCCGGAAUAUUAUAUGGAACAGGUGGACCCGGCUUGGCUGACCGAAGGCAACAGCACGUACAUGUAUGCGGUGGACACGGUAAGGCCCGACGGGAUCCACUCUAAACCGUGAAUACGAAAAAUUACGACUUAAAUUCGAAAUUUUUAGGCAGACGAAGCGUCUUCGCUUUACUUUCACUUUGCCGGCGUGUUCUCCAAUAUCUUCUUUACCGCCUCACUCUAUUACAUCUACAAAAUCGUUCGCUUCAUGAACUCCACAUCAACCACCAGCAGCAAGAGGACCAGGAAAAUGCAGCAGCAGUUCACUCGAGUCAUCAUUAUACAAGUAGGUUUUAGUCGUGAGUCACGUGCAGUUAAUUGUGAAGACCUACUGUUAGGUCAAGAAUUGAGGGCGUCUAACGCUAUUCUAUUAUACACGACUAGUAGAUGCUAAUAAGAUAUUAAUAAACAUAUACUAGCUGAAAACUGGUGACAAAAACAAUGAACUCACGGGUCUUGAUCCAGUUGGAGAACAACCGAGAAGCUAACCAGAGAGUUAGACACGUGAUUAAAAUUAUACUUUUUUCGGGAGAGAGGAAAAAAAGUGACCUCAAGGUGAUCGGUCCAUUAUACAUAUUUAUAGUGACGACCUGAUUCAGUGGCAAAAAACGAACCGUUUUCCACUCGGGAAGUAGAUAAAAUGUAGCAAAAUGCUUCGAUCUUCAACUAAAACACUUUCUUUUGAAGGACCCUCACAAAAGAGCGGGUUUUUGAAAUCGGAUUUUCACUUUGAGAGGGAGGUGUUUUGCAACAUUUUUUGUUACUUUCCGGAUGCAAAAUGGUACGUUUUUUGCCACUGGAUAAAAACGUACCAUUUUCCGCCACUGUAUAUCAAGAUCGGUCGGUUUAUGCUAAUUCUUGGGAACCUCUCAAGCCUUCCACGUUGUUCGUGUUCGCAAACCUUUUGCGAACUUUAUUGCACUUCCCUUCCAUAAAUUAAAAGUUUUGUGUUGACAAGGGAAGUACUCACAGCGUUUGAAUUUUUGAUAAAAUCUGUGCUUUUGCUCCCUCGCGGCUACCUGUUUCUAAUACACACAAUGAGCAGAGAACGGAGGGCACAAACUGUACGGUCACGACAUAACCACAGCUGCCUUGCUCGUUUGCACCGUCCGCUGAGACGGCAAUCUAGUAUUCUUGCUGUAAAACAGAAUUACAAUUUCCAACUUCCAGGGCAUCGACACCUUCCUCUUCGCCUUUAUUCCACUGAGCGUUGUCUGCAUGGGUGUCCUCUUCCACGGCGAUUGGCCAGUCCUCGGGAUGCUGGUGAUGAUGCCGCUGUGCUGGCUUCCCUUCGUCAACGGGAUGUUUUCGUUGACUGUGGUCAGCCGACAUCGGAAUUACUUGUUGCAGACGCUGUGCUGUAGACGCUCUCUUAUUUCCGAAAUGUCCAAGACCACACCGUCAGCGGGCCAAACGGUGGAUUCAAAAAAUGAUGAGGAAAAAUAUUAAUGUGUAGUAAACUGUAUUUUACUAGUCCGUUCUUUUUUAUAAGUCAAUAAACAGCGCUUCUUUCACUUCUUCAGGGCACAAGUGGUGUUUAAUUUGCCGGUAAUUAGUGAGUGCGUUUCUUCAAAUUGAGACAUGACGACGCUUGAGUCAGGCUGCAAAACACGGCUGUUUCGACAUCAAAAUUGAGUUAGUGAAAAUUCAGUCAGAUGUUAAAGUGCUCGCUUUAAUAAAUACAGCUGGCAGAGCAGUAAAGACCAAGAAUAAUUUUAAGCGAUAUAUAGUGCAUAUAGCACUUAGAUAUUCAACGCUAUAGUCAGCAAAAUAUCGACAAGGUAAUCAACGGUAUGCGAAAAAAACUCAUUUUUUGCCUUGUCGCAAACCAAAAGCAUACAUCGCUAGCGCAUCCUCCCAGAGUCUCUUUCAACCGGCCAUGCCCUUACAGGGUGCGCCAAAAAUAUUGGGACAAAAAUCAAUUCCGUGUAGCUUUUUUCGGCUGGCCUUGGAAUCAAAACUUUUGGCCGUUUUAGCAAGGGUAACAGUCUUGCUAUAUGGCAACGGUAAUGCCAGGGUUGGGGCCUAUUGCAAACUUGAAAAAAUAUUCAAAAUUUUUUGGGGGACCAAAAUCUUCUUUUCAAGUGGAUGACCGGGAAAUCAAUUUGGCCAUUAUUUCCACUAAGGGAAAGUAAGAUCCUUCAAAUUUAUUGUGUAUAAAGCACAUGCUAUUAACUGCGUAACAACGUAUGUAAUCAUGGUUGACGACCGAUUUGGCGGCGCUGGUCGAAAAAACAAAAAAAAAAUCCCGAAAGUUCGGAUUUUUAUGUUUUUAACGAUCUCAAUACCACAGUAUCGCCCGUGUUGCUCUAAAAUUUUGUGGUUAUAGAGUGUGUACAUAGGGAAUCGUCAUACUGUAAAAGAAAAUCUACACCUACAAGGGGACAGUUUCUGUAUGGAAAAAACUUUAUGGUGCGGAUUGGAGGCACGGCCCUUCGAAGCUUGAUAUAUUUUCGCAGUUUACUACAUGUUGAAAAGUACUUGAGCGUAAAAAUCGACGUAACGCUGUACUCGGGAUACAUGCUGACACAACUGAAUUACUUUUGGCGAUCUUCAGUCCAAGCUCACUUGACGAGCAACCUUAGAGUAAAUUCUACCGCUGUAGUCACUAUUUCAUCCCCCAGAGGUAGAAGAUAAAAAAAUAAUUUUUCAAACACGACUAGUCAGACUCUCGUUGUCCUUAUAAAAGUAUCUCGGAUGCCUAAUACGCUGGGAACCUUACAUCGAAACUUCUACAUAAAAAUCUUUGAUCUUACGGAAGUUUUCUGGUAAAGGGCGCGUUUUUAGGCCGACUUUGACGGGCUGUAAAAGAUGUAAUCGUCAUUAUAAGUAAAAAUCAUUUUUAGUGUAUAAACAGCGACCGCUACUCUGUCAUAUAAAGUGAAUUUCUGCCAUAACAUGCAACGGUAAAACUAGAGUUUCCAAUUUUUAUCCAUUUUGGGGUCCGUGUCUCAGGGGCCUUAGUUGUGAGCGCUUAUAAUGGCAGAACAGGUGUCGUAUACGACUACUCUGUCUGAAACUUUGAAGACAGAUUCUUGGGAGCAUUGCACGUUUGCACAAGCGACCACUUUGCUCUUGUACCAUUACAGCCCGCAGGGCAAGUAAAAAUAUGAGUCCCAAUAUUUUUGGCGCACCCUGUAUAGUUAGUUGAUUCAUUUUUCCCAAUCGACGAGAUUCCGCAUAAUCUUUAUAAUCUUUACCCCGUCUAACAAUGGUAAACAGCCACCAGCUCGUAAUUAGUUUACCGAUUACCGCAGCUCUCAGAAAACGCCUUUUCAACCCCUACAUGACUUUUGUAACACCGGUAAUUGCGCUGUUGGCUGCACGGCUCAUUCGUACAUUGCAGAUGCCAAACUACGACCUCUAUCGGUUAUUCGUUGUUUCGGGCACGGGAACAGGCGUGUUCAUAAACGCGGUCGUCCUUGUAGUCGUAUAUAAAAAUGCAAAAGGGGAGAUCCGGGCCUUGUCGCGGAUUCUGCUUAUCUCCUCAAUUUACGACUUUUGCUUUAGCUUGUUUGAGGUGUGCGUUCAACAUGUAAGUUUGUUUUUAUCAGUUUGCCGGAAAAAUAAUGAUCGCAAUGUCGCUGCGCUAAUCGUGUUUCUGAAGUGAAACGCAUACACAUUUGCACGGUGCGCUUUUGUUUUCCUUUCGCACCCGUCGCGGCAAUUCCGUGUUUUUGCACUAGCGACGUGAACUUUCGCGCUACACCCGCGAUAAAGUGUGUCAGGACUUUAUGGCGCGACUGGUACAUAGCAGUAAAAUAUCUCGCCUUUUCGUAGUCCUGCACUAAUGCUUCAGCCGCAGUUUAUGAUUUCCGAAAACUUUCAUCGGAAAUCACAAUUGUUACUUACAUAAAUACAUGCCCAUUUCAGGAGCUCUUGAUCACCGAUGGUAUGCUGUUUGUGAUGCCGAAAGGCGUUGAGCGCUACCUCAGCCACGACUUGAAAGCCGUCUUUCUUGCUCCGCACAUAUUCCUCAGCAUAUUCGGGUCGUUCAUUUUACCUGUUCAGUAUUUGUAUCGAUAUCAGCUGUUGACAAAGUAAGUUGCAACGAUGACCUCGGAUCAGUUGGGUUGGAUCCGAACAGGGCAGCUUGUGAUGAAUAGUGAAGGUUGAGAAAAAUAAUAUGGCAAGGGAUAGGCUCAAACGGUCCGGUGAAUAGUUUGGCAAUCCGCCAAAAAAGACCCGAAAAAACUUUUAGUCGCGACUAAAAGUUACUAGUCGGGAAAGAAAUGGGGAUUUUGGGUAAGAGGGUACGUUUUUGCGCGUCUUUUUCUCUGACUUCUGUAUGAAAUCAAGACGAAGUGUAAAAAACCGAUAGCUUUUGGCCAAGGUGUCCUAUUCGUCAAAUGCCUCUCCGGAAAAAACCCAUCAAUAGUAAUGAAACCAAUGCUUUAGCCCCAACAACGUAACACUGCACACACUGCUGAGGAACAUUGGGAUUGCAUGUUUGGCUUCGGCAAGCUGCAGUGUUUUUGCAUGUUUUACACUAAAUUACGGGCAGCCCUUCACAUAUGACGAAUUACGAGCCGUUUUUGAGUUGAACUGGUUCACCGAGGGACCGGAUACUUACAUCUACAAUGUGAAUACUGUAAGUCAACAAAACAAUGAAAAAGUUUAUGCAAUUUUCAGGCCAAUUGGGUGCCAUUUUUGUUUUAUAUUUAUCUGGCGGUCACCAGUGGUCUCUCCCUUUCACUGGCAAUGCACUAUGCACUAAAGAUGUUGAGGUUCUUAAAAACAAACGAGUACUCGAUUACCAAUAAAACAAGGUCAAUGCAGAACCAAUUUACACGCGUUAUUAUUCUGCAGGUAAUCGGCAAAGUAGUGGCUACAAACUUUUCAGGGCCUGAAUACAUUCCUCUUUAGCGUCAUCCCGUUCACUGUCAUCACCGUCACAACGUUGUUGCGGUUUCGUUUUGAGCGAUUUGGGCUGCUCGCCAUGAUUCCACUCGCAUGGCUUCCGGUCGCCAAUGGGCUCUUCUCGUUGCUGGUUAUCAAGAAGUAUCGAGAAUUCAUUUUUCAGUUCAUUGGAUGUCAUUCAAGGAAGAGUAUUAUGGUAAUAUCCGGUUCGUAUCAAACGUAAGAAGUCUUGGCUGCCAGAAUAAAUUUUUCCCGCUAAAAACGUGUGGAAUCUUCUCGUUAUACACAUGUGAUCAAAAAAUAUCGUCAAUGCAUGAAAUAAUAGUUUGUUUCUGGGCAGUUUCAAAAUGAGCACAACGGCUACGUCAAGCUAUUAGAAGCGGUAGAUGCACCUAAUGCCCCUGCAGACAUUAAGUAGUUGAUAUUAACAAAUCUUCUCAUUGAUGUUUCUUCCAUACACGACGAACUUCAUCCAUGGGUUAUCCUAGGAACAGCAAUCGACUUGGUGUUGGAACUUGUGUUGGUUGUCAUGAUUCGGCAUACAUGGCUGGCUCCUAAAAGUUGGAUUAUAUUAUAACGGUCGUCAGUAUGCCUACCUUAAAGCCGGUUUCUGCUUUUUUGUGCAGAAAAAUUACAAGUAAAACUUAAAAAGAAAUAGAGGCUUAUGCACAACAUUCCAGCAGUCAAUUUCUAGCAUACUGUAUUUAAUUACUAUAGAAAUUGAACAAUAAGAUUAUGCAAAUCUCUUUACUUUUGGAGCUGUUAAUUUGAAAUUAAAUAUGCAUGCCAGAAAUGCAAAGCCCGCUGUGCGACGCGUGGGUUUUCCGGCCGCGGUCGUGUUAGAACAUUAUUAUAACAACUUGCCAUGAUCUUAUUACUUUAUUCUACAUACCCUUCUGUUAAAAUCACCAUUGUCGCAGGGGUUAUUGUAAGCUGUAUGUUUCCUAGAUGGUAGUUUUGUACGAUUGGGUCUAUUCGUCAAAGCUAGCAUUUCUUCCAGUGGCGCACCGAAGCCGAAAGGUACAAUGGUAAGAGCAAGUUCGAAAAAAACAUGGCACUUGAUUACCGUACAAUUAAAAGAACAAAGAUUUUAUAUCUUGCCCAAAACAAAUUAACUCGUAACUUCAUAAUCGGCUCUUGUCCUUGUUUUGCAAUUAGGUCCGCAAAAAAUCCUUAUGAGUUUGUUUUGUCAUUGGAGCCCAUGCAUGCAUUAAUCGAUGGAAAGUAGUGUACUUUAUAAUCGCUAAAUCGUCUUAAGCGUGCAAAGGUAGGUAGAGCGUCGGUCGUCAUUAGCAGCACUACUUUCAAUUUUGCAGCCCUACUAAUACGCGAUGCGUGGUGGGUCCGUGUUUUGAAGUAACAGUUUUUCAAGCUCGUAUAAUCUUUUGCUCUCCGCGAUUGAACCAUAUAGCAUUCAUUUUUCUCUAACAAUAUUGCUCCAUAGUAUAUAAGACACAUCUAACUAAUGUUUUCCUAGCACCACAUGAAUAUCCAAGUUGUGUAUUGGGUAUGGGACACAACCGGAUGUGCUCUGGGUAUUUUGGUCAACCUGACCUUGCUUCUUGCCAUCAGAACCACAACUUGCCGAUCCACCCGGGAGUUCGAGCGGAUGAUACAGGCUGCGGCAAUUUUCGAUAUCUUCUUUUCAUUCGUGGAACUUAUGACACAACAUGUAAGUAGCUAAAGUAACUUCAUUUCAAGAGCUAUUCUUUAGCAGUUAUUAGUGGCCGAUGGCUGCAUGAUAAUGAUCCCCAAGGGGUUGGAGAAGUUCGUGUCUCCCGACCUAUACCCCCUGUUCUAUACAGUGCACGCAUUCGUCUGCAGUAUGGGACUACACAUCUUGCUGGCGCAGUACCAUUAUCGCCAUUCUCUACUGACUGACCACGGAGUUGGCGGUCAUUUAUUUCAGCGGAAUUUACUUUUAACCGGAGUCGCUUCUCUUAUCUGCGGUGGAAUUUCCGUCUGGCCGCUGAGUUUGGCCCGAGAAAACCCACCCGAGUACUAUCUAGCGAAGGUCGACAAAUAUUGGGCGACCGAAGGAAAGCAAACGUAUGCGUACGCAUUGGACACGGUAAGCUGUAAUUUCACGGAUUAUCCCAGCAAUGCGUAGAAUAACGACACCUUUGCAAGGAUGGCGUUAUUUAUUCCAAACUGUGUGAACUUCUCAGUCUGUCGGGAAAAUAAUGAGCAUAAUGUCGCAGCGCCGAUCGGGUCGCUGAAGCGAAAAGCAAUUUGAUUUUGUCGCGAUACCAUUCAUUUUCUUGGCGGCGAUGCGAUUUUCGAUGCGAUAGAGGGCUCAUUAUUUUCCCGACAAACUGACGUUGUUUUCAGUCUUAUCCAGAGGCGUUUUAUUAUUUUUACUUUGUCGGUGUCAUCACUACAAUCUUCUUUUGGUGCUCCGUAUAUUAUGUGUACAGGAUUCUUCGAGUCGUGUAUGGGUCCGUUGGAGUGACAAGCAAGAACACUAAGAAGCUGCAAUUUCAGUUUACGGUUGUGAUUCUAAUCCAGGUAAUAGGCCGUAAAAUUAAAAAGUACAAUAAAGUAGCUGUACGGGCCAUUAUAACGCUUUCUUCCAGGGUGUAACCGCGUUUCUCUGCUCGUUCACUCCAAUAUCAUUAAUCGUAGUCUUCACGAUCUUUCGAGUUCGAAACGGCAACCUUGGCCUGUUCAUCAUGAUGCCGCUCUCAUGGCUGCCAACCUUCAACGGCCUGUUCUCCCUGUUUGUUAUAAGAACCCACCGCGAAUUUUUGUACAGCAUUGUUUGUUGCAGGCAGCGUUCAAGACGACACGACGCUACAACUGGAUCCAUAAUGAAGCGCUCAAUAGUAUGAAAUUUAAGGGAAAUCGUUUUGAGAGCUCAGUAACUCUGUAACAACAUAGUUUUUUUUAUAUAAUAUUAUCAGUCUGUCGGGAAAAUAAUGAGCACUCUGUCGCACCGAAAAUCGCAUCGCCGCAGACAAAAAAAAUUACUUUUCGCUUCAGCGACAGAAUCAGCGCAGCGACAUUGUGGUCAUUAUUUUCCCGACAAACUGAUAUAAAAAUUAGUCGUUUGCUUUUGGCCUUUAAUAAAAAAAAGUUUUUCUCCAGUAUCAUAUCUCUUACAUUCGUCGUCAAGACUUGGUGUGCUAGAGUUCAGUAAACAACCUAUUUUUUGCAUUUCUCCCCGUAUUUUGCCUUCUUGGCGCAGUUACAUAACUGCUUUAAAAAAUGCUAUGAAUAAGGCAGCAGGCAAUAAUAAAAUUAUUUGAAAGAGCCGAUAAACCCUGGAUUAUUUUUAUGAAAUAAUUCUUGCUCUUUGCACCGUGCAAAUGGCAUUUUGGGCUGUCGCUUGUCCCUGACUUUUCUCGCACAGCGCGAAGGUAAAAAAUCACUCCAGCAACUUUCCGGAAGAGCAAGUAUCCUUCUUUCUGUAUAACAGGACGAAUGCUUACAGUGGCGGACCAGAUCCAGUGACAAACAAUAUACCAUUUUGUAUCCGGUAAGUACGAAAAAAUGUAGCAAAACACCUCCCUCUCCAAGUUAAAAAAAAACUCCGAUUUCAAAAGCGCACCCGCUCUAUUUGUGAAGGAAAUGGCGCGCCCUUCAGAACAGUUUGUUUCUUACAAGGGAAGUACCCCAAGUGCGACGCUCAGAUUUUCUUUAAAUUUUGCACACACGUCGGGCAUAGGUUAAAUAUCAAUUCCUGAAAGUUUUAACUCGCGCUUUGCAAGCGCCGCCGAGAUAUUGAACGAUCUUUGCCGCCGAGAGAGUACGCUAAACGUGGAGAGCUGUCAGAGAGAAAAACACUUUUUGGCCAUAACUUUGCCAGUUUCGGGCGGAAAAAAUUGAUUUUUUGUGGAAACAUUACUCUCUAUGAUAGAAAUAGGUAUAAAACUUUUCGCGCCGAAAUUCAACAAAAAGUGUUAAAAUUUCGCCAACUUUCGACCAAAAAAUCUCAAUUGUUUCUGCAAAGCGCGAGCUAGGAUUCUCGCAUAUUUUUUAGAAAAAAAUAUCCUAAAUUUGUGCCAAGUUUCAUCAAAAUCUGAGCGUCGCACUUUGGGUACUUCCCCUGUUAGUUCAAGAGGGAGGAAUUUUGCUAUAUUUUUUGAUACUUCACGGAUGCUAAAUGGUACUUUUGUGCCACUGGAUCAGGUCCGUUACUGUACCACCUCUCCAAAUAAAGCAACUCCUUUCUUGUCAGAGGAGGGAUGCAAAGAAAAAAAAAGAUUACAUUCGCAGCGACACAAUUAAUUUUCCCAGCGGCAAUGCGAUUUUCGAUGCGACACAGUUCUCAUUAUCUUUCCGACAUACUGAUAUUGUAAUACGACUUAGACUGAACACAAUAAAGGUUACGAUAGUUAUCCCAUGAACCAUGGAACAUAAUGGGAAUUGAAACCCUGCUCUAUGGUUUGAAGCGGGUUUCCGGCGCUGUAUUACAGCUACGUGCAGUUUUAACUGUUUCUCGUAUCCAAUUCGGUUUUACUCAUUUUUCACGUAUGCAUGUUGCAUUUAAGACGUCUGAGUAAAUGUUGGAAAAGUACACGGCCAUUGAAGAGUUAAAAUUGUGUAGAGUUAACACAUCAAAAUUAGAUUACAAUUUCCCAUGAAAAUAAAAAAACAAACAAAGUCUGUUCUCAGUCUGCUUUUUUGUCUUAAGAGAACACUUGCAACCAGUCCAGCCUUUCUCAGCGUUCGCUAUAAAUACCCAAGCGGCUACUAUUUAAUCCCAGGUUGUUACACUUAGCUGACCCCUUAGUGUUGAGGGGUUCAAACCAUUUUAUUGGCCUACUUUUGCAGCCCAGAUGCCAUUCCGACUCAUUUAUCAACUAUUUUCGGCAGUUCAUGGAGUGAUAUCUAUUAUUUUAUGUGUAAUAGUCAUACGUGUAUCGGCGAAAUCGCGAAAAAGCAAGAAUAAAAACGAUUACAGCGCAGUUAUUGGUUUCAACGCAUUGCUGGAUCUUUUUUACACCUUGUCGUUCACCAUAACUAUGAGCGUAAGUCGAACAGACCAAGCUUAUAACAACAGUUGGAGACCUGAUCCAGUGGCAAAAAACGUACCAUUUUGCAUCCAGGAAGUAUCAAAAAAUGUAGCAAAAUACCUCCCUCUCCAAGUGAAAAGAUCCGAUUUUAAAAGGUUCCCUUCAAAACGAAGUUUUUUCACUUGGAGAGGGAGGCAUUUUGCUACAUUUUUUGAUACUUCCAGGAUGCAAAAUGGUAAGGUUUCUUGCCACUGGAUCAGGUCCGUCACUGUAUAACAACAACCUUUACACUAACCGGAGCACUCUGAAUAUUCCAGGCGCCGUAUAUGGAUUCCACCUAUGCGUAUGGUAUAAUCGAGAAUCCGUUACUUCGAAAUCUACCGUACUGGGUCGCCUGCGCUUUAAACAUUGUAAUAGUAUGCGCCAUGCUCUCCAUUCCGGCCCAUAUUGCGGUCCAUUUUUGGUAUCGCUGCAAUAUCAUGGUCGAAAGUCAUCAAUUUACCAUUAAGCAAUAUGUAAAGCGCUACUUGAUUUUCGUUUUAUGGCUGGCAAUAAUCGCCGCAUACACGGUAUUUUACGAGUUUGAGGCCGAACGUCCAAAUGCGUCGUUGGCCAACGUCGCCGCUUAUAUCAACGAUACGCCGAGCUUUAUGGCAUUUGAGAGGGUAAGCGCUAUUGAGAUCCAAAUUUUAUCCCGACAUAUUCUGCAAUUCAGAACAGCAUCUUGUUUCUGCCGAUUCUACUGAAUGCGCAACUAAUGUUCCUCGUUCAAUAUGCAAUGAUAGUAUAUUAUGGUUACAGGAUCAUUAAAACGAUGAGGAAAAGUCGUCGCGAUGUCGUACACGAAAAGACUUUAAAGGUUCAAAAACAUGUCGUCCGUGUCAUGUUCUUACAGGUAAAUUUUAGUAGUCUGUCGGGAAAAUAAUAAGCACAAUGUCGCUUCGCCGAUCGCGUCGCUGAAAGGAAAGCGAUUUGAUCUUGCCGCAACACAAUUCAUUUUCUCCGCGGCGAUGCAACAUAUUUAUCUUCGAUGCGACGGAGCGCUCAUUAUUUUCCGACAGACUGGUGGUACAGUGGCGAACCUGAUCCAGUGGCAAAAAAUGGACUAUUUUGCAUCCGGGAAGUAUCAAAAAAUGUAGCAAAAUGCCUCCUUCCACAACAAAAAACUCCGUCAUGAAGGACGUGGUCAGUGCAAGACCUCACAAAACGACGCCUUUGAAGUCGGAGUUUUUUCACUUGGAAAGGGAGGUAUUUUGCUACAUUUUUUGAUACUUCGCCGAUGCAAAAUGGUACGUUUUUUGCCACUGAAUCAGGUCCGCCACAGCAGUACUGUUACGGCAUCCAUAAUGCUUGGAAAUUAAUGUUUGUGCCUACCGCUGCAAAUUUCAGGCCGUCUACCCAAUGCUCGCGUUUUUUGCGCCCAUGUCGACAAUCAUCAUGGGCUCAAUGUUUGAUCCAAAUAACAACAAUAACAAUGGAUACAUUGGCUACGCUUGCAUGCAAACCAUGCCCACGCUGAACAACUUGUCUGUGCUUUUGUUGGUGCCUUCGUAUCGAAGGAGACUAACCGGGAAAACCUCAAGUUACGUUACAAAGGCCGAGGAAGUCACGGCCGUCCGUGACGUAACGGCACAGAGGCGAAUGACAAGCUAG